AUGAAUUUAUUAUAAAAUAAUUAUUAUUUAGGGCUGAGUAGAAAUAGUAAUUGUUUCUAAAAUAAUUAAUUGUCAACAUGUAAUCUCUCUAAAGUUACAUUUAAAAGGAAACUAAUGAAUAAAGAGAGAAAUUCUAUCAAAUUUAUAUGUAAAUCCUAAGAAAAUUAUGAUGAUUAUUCUAAUUGUAGUUACAAUUCUAUUUUUUAAAGGCAUUCAAUUACUGUAAACUAAGAGAAAAUUGGUAGAUCGUACAUAUGAAUCAAUGGUUAAAUAUUGGCUAUUUUGGACUUAUAAUUGUUUUGAAAAGGCAGACUCCAAUGAUUAAUUUUUGAAUUGUUAGUAACAUACAACAGAAUCUUUAACCAAUUUUUUAUACAAUUCAAUCAAUUAAUUAUAAAUUUGA